CUUCUCGUAUGGGCCACUGUUGGUGACAACCAUUGAAUGGUUAGCGUGUGCCAUUCGCCUGUUUCCUGGGAAAGAAGUAACUCAUCUCCAAGUGAUGUCUACCAGCUGACUGGCAGCUCUAAACUCUGAUGUUCACUUUAUUCAGGUCUUCAAUUUCCUGCAUGAUUUUUACUACCAAAAAACCCACUUAAUCCAUUUCACUGAACCCUGAGAUCAUCCUGUUUUACAUGAUUGAAUAUUUUGCAUUGCUGAGAAAAGCUGAAAUUAAACACAGCCGACAUUUGUCUAUUGCAUGCUAAAUGGAAGGCUCCGAGGGGCUCAAAGGUUGAAGACUUUGAGUGACAAGUCAAGAGAAGCGAAAGUAAAAAGCCAACCCAGGACUGUUCCAUGUGUGCCAAAGUACUGUGCUGGCUUAGAAUUACUGAGCAGAUAUGAAGAUACAUGGGCUGCACUUCACAGAAGGGCCAAGGAAUGUGCAAUUGCUGGAGAGCUGGUGGACAGCGAGGUGGUGAUGCUUUCAGCGUUCUGGGAGAGAAAGAAGACCAGCCUGGUAGAGUUACAGGAACAGCUCCAGCAGCUUCCAGGUUUAAUAGCAGAUUUAGAAUCCAUGCAAGCAAACCUGACUCAUUUAGAGGCGAGUUUUGAGGAGGUAGAGAACCACCUGUUGCACCUGGAGGAUUUGUGUGGGCAGUGCGAGCUAGAAAGAUGCAAACAUACGCAGUCCCAGCAACUGGAAAAUUACAAGAAAAAUAAGAGGAAGGAACUUGAAACCUUCAAAGUGAUAUAUUGUGACUUCUGUGGCUCGAGGCUGCAGGACGAAAAACAAAGUGGCUUAAUAAGCAAGACUUCUCAGAGGAAGACACCCCUAAGACAUUCGCCAGAGGCCAAAAACAGCCUCAAAUUUGAGUUUACAUUUAAACCUAAAAAGAAUCGGGCUGGUAUGGUAAUGUAAUGGCUACUGAAAGUUUCGCAGUAUUCUGUUAAUGCAUCUGUAUUUCAGCAACAUUGUGGAGUAAAAUCUGAAACUGCCUUUUUUCUCGUCUGUCUCUCUUUUCUAGUCUUGACAUAAAACUGUUCAGGAGAUCUUUUAUAAUGUCAACAUUGUGUGGAUUAAGAGAAAGGGAUGUCUUGUUUUGGUUAAUAGUCUAUUCAUUACAUCAAAUAAAAACAGGAAGCAGUCCACAGAAAGCAUUUUGUACAUCACUGAAUGGAACUGGUUUUUGCAGAAGAGGGAUUUAAAUCCUAGAUCUUUUCAUUAAGUCUUUAUUUGAAAUUAUGAAGUUCAUUUUCAUGGGAGUAUCCUUUGGUAAGGGGUGUGUGUGUGUGUAUAGGGGAGAUGUUCUUUUCUUUGACUUCUGUAUCGAUUUCAAUUUUCAGUUUAUUCUAAAAGAUUACUGUUUGUAAUCAGAAAUUGAUACAGUUAGCUUCUAAACACCAGAGUAGAUCACAGUGCUACAAUGUGGUUUGAGGAAAAUAAAAAGAGAGUAUAGCCAUGGUGUUUUCAGAUUUUUUAAUAAAAAGUUAAUUACCUGGAUUUAAAUUACGUUUGUCGUAAGCGUAUUUUAUGGGAAGUGAAAGCAGGCUCUUUAGAGAUGUUGUGGGUGAUUCUCCUUAUAUUCCUCCUUGUUUAUUUGAAGCAUUGAAGUAAAACCAGAUCGUUUUUAUAUUGGUAUUGGGUAUCUAGGAGGUGGAAUUGACUCAACGGCAGUGGGUCUGUUUUUUUCUUUUUAAAGGUUGACCAAACAAGAAUCAGGUUUUUUUUUUAAAAUGAAUCUCUGCCAUAAUCAGUGUCUGUUGAUUCAACAAAGAUUUCUGCCUGCUUCCUUCCUUGUUAAGCAUUGGAGAUUCAAAGUUGAAAAGAUUCUUGCCUUCAAGAGGUGACAGUCUAGUAGAGAGAGAAAAACAAAAUAGUAAGGCAGUCUGUUUAAUGAGGGCGUAUAUGCAAGGGCAUUUGAAACAGAACGGAGUCUCUGAGUUGCCUCAGGGCUGUUAGGAAAAGUACUUUGAAGACUUUGAGUUAAUGGUCACUUUAUAAACCUUCACAUGAGGUGCAGGAUAGGAUCCAUUUGUUGAUUGCUCAUAUGUGCCAGGCACACUGCUGGAUAGUAGGUAUACAUGUGUAAUAGAUGUUAUGUAUAUAUAAUAGACAUAUUGUAUAAUGUAUGUGUGUGUGUGUGUGUGUGUAGGGAGGGGGGCAGAAGGGGCAGGACCUUCAUGGAGUUUGAUCUAGUGUCGAAGAGAUAGGCAUUUCACAAGCAGUAACCAUCAUGAUCACAGGGACAUAAUUUAGAUUGGUGAACCCAUUGCCAUCAAGUUGAUUCCAGCUGAUAGCAACCCUAUAGGACAGAGUAGAACUGCCCCAUAGGGUUUUCAAGGAACAGCUGGUGGAUUUGAACUGGGACCUUCGGGUUAGCAGCCGAGCUCUGAACCCCUGAGCCAGGGUGUAGAAAGGGCUAGAAUUAUCUGAGAUAGUGACUGUAGAGUUUCAGACUAAAGGAUGAGGAGGUGAGACCCACUAUGAAUAAAGGGGGGAAGAAAUUUCCAGGGAGAACAAGGCUCUGAUGCACUGAAGAACUUGGCAGGUUUGAAGUAACUAAAGGAGGCCCAUGUGGCUGGAACAUGGUGAGGCUGGAGAAGUUGGCAGAAGAAGAGGGCCUUAUGGGACAUUGUGCAAAGUUCACAUUUCCUUUUGAUUGUACUGGAAAGCCAGCAAAGGAUUUUAAGUAGUAGGUAGGAGGGAGCACCAUCUGAUUGGUAAUUUUGGAAGAUCACUGGUUGCUGGGUGUUGUGGAUUGAAUUUUGUCCCCCCAAAAAUACGUGUUGUAAACCUACAGGGUCCCUAAGAGUCAGAAUUGACUGCACAGCAGUGGGUUUGUGCCUGUGGUUAUAAUCCCAUUUGGGAAUGGGUUGUCUUUGUUAUGUUAGUGACACUGGAUUCAUGUAGAGAGUGUUUUGAGUCGGUCUCUUUUGAGAUAGAAAGAGAUAAGCAAGCUGGAAAGAGAGGUGCCAAGCCAUAUGAAGAUCACACAAGAGCAGAAGCUCAGAAGAGAUGAAGACUUUCCCCCAGAGGUGGCACCCUGAAUUCAGACUUGUAGCCUUCUAAACUGUGAGAAGAUUUUCUAUUCGUUAAACACCACCUGUGGUGUUCCUGUUACAGCAGCACGAGGUAACGAAGACGCUGGGUGAGUGCAAAAGGAUUGUAGAAGGGCUAAGCGGAAGAGAGAGCGCUUGGAAGGGUUGUAGUAGUUCAGACGUGACAGAGAGCAGGACUGAGGGAGACGGUGGUGACAGAAGUGAAAGUGGAUUCCAGAGGGGACUGGAGGCUGAAGUGACAAGGUUUGGAGAUAGCUUAGAUGUUGGAGGGAGUAAUGUGAAGAUGGAAAUCCGUCCAUUAGGUUUGGCAACAUGUAACCAUUGGUCCAUUGGUGACCGUGAGAAGAGCCGUUUCAGUGGAGUGAGGGAACAUAAGCCAUAUCUGCAUGUAUUAUUAUUAAUCUUCUCAGCAGCCCUUAGUAUUCCUGUCACUAUUGACUGAGUUUGUGAGAUGUUAAGUAACUUUCCUAAAAUUAACCAGCAGUUCUAAGUUCUACUCUGUCCUGUAGGGUCGCUGUGAGUCGGAAUUGACUCGACGGCAGUGGGUUUGGUUUUUUUUAGUAAGUUGUAAAGUGGUGUUUGGAUAUUACCUUCUUGACAUCAGAGCCUGUGCUGUUUCUGCUGUGUUAGGCUGCCUCUUGGGAACGGAGUGACGUGAUAUGGGGUAGCCUGCAUUCCCGAGUUCCUGCUUCUCUGGACACUUCAGAAUAAGGGCUAUAAAGCCCCUCUGCCCCCUCUUUCUAUACGUGGGCACAUGAGGCUUUUUUUUUAAAACCACUUUAUUGAGGUGUCAUUUACAAAGUCACUCAUUUUAGGCAUAUAAUUCAGCAAUAGUAAAUUUAAAGUUGUGCGACCACCACCGCAGUCCAGUUUUAGAGCACGUCCAUCACCCCAGAAAGUUCCUUGUGCCGGUUUGCGUUCAAUCUCUAUUCCUGCUGCCAGCUCCAGGCGACCACUGCUGUGUUUUCUGGCUCUGUAGAUGUGCCUUUUCUGGACAUUUGUUAUAAAUGGAAUCAUACGAUAUGUGGUCGUUUUGCAUCUGGCUUCUUUUACUUCACAUAAUAUUUCUGAGGUUCAUCUGUGUUGUAGUGUUUCUUUUUAUUAUUUGAUUAUUAUUCAGUUGUUUGAAUAUAGCAUAUUUGUUUAUCCAUUCACUAGUUGAUGGACAUUUGGGUUGUUUUCAGUUUGGGACUAUUAUGUAUGGUGUUGCUAUAAACUUUUGGGUGCAAAACUUUGUGUGGACAUGUGUUAUCAUUUCUCUUGUGUAGAAGUGAAAUUUCUAAGAGUGGAAUUUUUUUGUCCCGUGAUAAGCUUAUGAUUAGCUUUUUAAGAAACUGUCGAAUUAUUUUCCAGAGUGGUUGUACCAUUUUACAUUCCCACCGUCAAUGAAUGAGGGUUCUAGUUUUUCCUCAUCUUUGCCCACACUUUUAUUGUCUCUCUUUUUAAUACAGCCAUCCUAGUAGGUGUGAACUAGUAUCUCACUGUGGUUUUGAUUUGGACUUCCCUAGUGACUGAUGGUGUCUGGAUGGUGCUAACAGUUAAUGCAUUUGGCUGCUAACCAAAAGGCCGAAGGUUUUGAGUUCAACCAGAGGUGCCUCGAAAGAAAGGCCUGGUGAUCUACUUCAGAAAAAACAGCCACUGAAAAUCCUAUAGAGUACAAUUAUUCUGUCACACAUGGGGUCGCCAUGAGUUGAGAUCAGCCUGUAUACAGCAUCUUCAUUGCCUUCCUCCUCCUCCAUGAGACUUUGGAAAACAUUUAGAAAAAGACAAGUUAUUGAUUCAUCCAUACAUCUAUUCAUUCAUUUCUUUAAAAAAAAAAAAUUAUGGAAGUACUUACCCUAUGCCCAGCACUCUGCCAGGCCUGUAGAAGGUCAAGUACCUUCGCUGUGGGAAGGAAAAUGUUUAGGUGAAAGUGGGUUGUGAUCCAGGUCAUGGUAAAGUGGGUUGUGAUCCAGGUCAUGGUAGUCUGGGGCUGACUCAGCGGUUCUGUUAGUGCAAGAAGUUAUCGUUAGGGAAACUGAGCCUGGUGAGUACAAGAGAACAGUAAGAGUAAUAGAAACUGAGCUAUAAUCCACUAAUUCAACAAAAGAUAAUUGUGAGGUGUUAUCAGGGUUAACUGCGUUUAUUUUAGUUCUGAAAUACAAAAUGUAGACGAACCUCUUCUGUGGUUUUCCCAGAUGUCCUUUAAUUGACUCAGUGAAUUAGUAGAAGUAAAUUACUAUUUCUCAAAGGGAUCGCAAUAAAUCUAAUUCAUUUUAUCUUUCAAAAUACAACAGAAAGCACUGGGAUUUCCAAGCAAAUGGUGAAAAGUGUCUUGCUCAGAAAAUGAAAACGUGUGUUAUUUUUACUAAGUGCUUUUCACUCUGUCUGUGAACUUGAUGCCUGGGAACAUACUUCCUUUUCUUCAGUUUUCUGAAGUAUAAGAGAGAAUCAUAGGUUUCUUUUGAUUUACGGCAUAGAGAGAAGUAAAUGAAAUGCUGCCAUAAAUAACAAAAGAAAUAGAACGUGAUGUUGAAGUCCCUUUGCUGGGUCAUUUGAGCUUCUUAAUGUCCUAAAUGAUAAACGUGUGGGAGCUUUUUGACCAUCAAAAUUAAGAGGCUGUUAUAAAUUGGAAAAUACUUUAUCUCUUGUAUGCAUGUCAUGGUUAUAAAUGGAAGGAAUUAGGGUUAGGAAAUAAAGGAAAACAGAAAAAAAAAAGAUUCAUAAAUUAUCAGGUUCUGGGUCUUUUUUUUAAGGGAACCAUGUGGACUUUGGUAAAGUAAGUGGAG